GAGCCACCGCACACGCCACCAGACACUCCGGCCAGUGGGGCGACGCGGAGCGUCCUCCCUCUAUCUCCAGGCAGUGAGCGCUCUGCCCGCCCGCGCGUGCGCCCCGGCGGGCGGCUGGACCCCGUGGCGAGAGGGAGAGCGCAGGGAACCCGAGCCGCUCGGAGGCGGGGCCGUCUGCCCGAGCCGCGCGGAGCCUCGGGACAAUGGGGCCGCGGCGGCUGCUGCUCGUGGCCGCGGGACUCAGUCUGUGCGGCCCCCUGCUGUCGGCCCGCACCCGAGGCGGCAAUUCCGAGUCAAAAGCACCCAAUGUUACCUUGGACCUCCGGUCAUUUUUUUUCAAGAACACCAAUGACAGAUUUGAACCAUUCCCACUGGAAGACAACGAGACGAAAAACGGAAGUGGGUUCCCUGAAGACAGAUUAAGCUCCAUCAACAGAAGCCAUCGUCUUCAAAUACCGUCCUCUCUGCCCAUCUCGAAAGAUACCUCAGGAUAUCUGACCAGUGCCUGGCUGACGCUUUUUAUCCCCUCCGUCUACACUGGUGUGUUCGUCGUAAGCCUUCCUCUGAAUGUCAUGGCCAUCCUCGUGUUCAUCCUGAAGAUGAAGAUCAAGAAGCCUGCUGUGGUGUACAUGUUACAUCUGGCCACAGCAGACGUGCUGUUUGUGUCAGUACUCCCGUUCAAGAUCAGCUACUACUUCUCCGGCACUGAUUGGAAAUUUGGGUCCGAGAUGUGUCGCUUCGUCACUGCAGCAUUUUACUGUAACAUGUACGCCUCCAUCAUGCUCAUGACAGUCAUUAGCAUUGACCGGUUUUUGGCUGUGGUGUACCCCAUCCAGUCCCUCUCCUGGCGCACUCUGGGAAGGGCCUCCUUCACUUGUUUGGCCAUUUGGGCUAUGGCCAUCGCCGGGGUGGUGCCUCUCCUCCUCAAGGAGCAAACCACCCAGAUGCCGGGGCUCAACAUAACCACCUGCCAUGACGUGCUCAAUAAAACCCUUCUCGAAGACUAUUAUGCCUUUUACUUCUCAGCCUUUUCUGCUGUCUUCUUCUUUGUACCGCUAAUCAUUUCCACAAUCUGUUACGUGUCUAUCAUUCGAUGUCUUAGCUCCUCCGCCGUUGCCAACCGGAGCAAGAAGUCCCGGGCUUUGUUCUUGUCGCUUGCUGUUUUCUGCAUCUUCAUCAUUUGCUUUGGACCCACAAAUGUCCUCCUGAUUGUGCAUUACUCAUUCCUUUCUCAAGAUUCCAUGGCAGAAGCCACCUACUUUGCCUACCUCCUGUGUGUCUGUGUUAGCAGCAUAAGCUGUUGCAUUGAUCCCUUGAUUUACUAUUAUGCUUCCUCUGAGUGCCAGAGGUACCUCUACAGUAUCCUAUGCUGCAAAGAAAGUUCUGAUCCCAGCAGCUAUAACAGCAGUGGUCAGUUGAUGGCAAGUAAAGUGGAUACUUGCUCUAGUAACCUCAGUAAUAGCAUAUACAAAAAGCUCUUAACUUAGGGAAAGGGACUGCCAGUUAGUUGAAAAGAAAAGAUUAAAAAAGUGAGUAACCUGAGGAUUCUAUUAUUCCUUGCCAAAAAGGUAUUUGUGAUCAAAAGCAACACAUCUAUAAUUUGCAUGCCUCUUUCUUAUGAGAGCCAUUAAUCAUAUCUAUUAGUUAUAGGAAAAGAUAACAAGAAUAGAAAACAGUGUUAUUCCAAGAGUUUUGCCAGUGCUACAGUAAUAACUGUCAUUUUUUUAUAUAUUUAUGUGACUUACUAUGUAUGUGUGUAUGUGCAUACAUACACACACAUGUGUUUGUAUCAUUUGGAGCGCAGUAUAGAAUAGGCACUUUGAAACCCUGUCUUUUCCCCCCCUAGGAAAUAAACCCUAGUUUUCUGAUUUUAUGUGCAAAGUUUAGGUUGGUGGGUGAACGUCUGAAGAUGUUCAUCAAUAGGGAGGGAUUCCGUGGUUUGGACUCAUACGGCUUUUGCAAAUAAAUGUGUUUUGAAAUUGUUCAACAGCAAUGUUUAAGUUAUUAAGGGACAAGACUUAGCACUAUCUGUGUGUAGAAAAGGUUCUACUGUUUUUCAUUUUAAACGUAUCAAAGUUUGAAUUCUUUAGAUUAUGAAAACAGAUAGAUGUCUCACGCCCUCUGUAUGUAAAGCAAGAAUGAGCAUAGGUCCCACGAGUGACCUUAGGUUGGCUUUCAAAGUAGCCUGCCCCGGAUGGAGGACUCCAAGCAAUAGAUACAAAGCAGGGCCAUUUCAGACACGGACUGGUCACAAACCCUCCAGCUGAGCCUCCCAGAGAUCAGAACCAGGGCCACCACCCUUACUUUCUCCUCCUGCGGUUCCCACAAGGGCUGGCUGUGAACUCUCUUGUUCAUUAGAAUUUGGCAAAGUAGGUUGUACUAUCCCAGGAGAUAAUGAACGUAAAAGACUUUUCUCUGCCCAUUUUAAGAAUAGAGAAGGAGGUCCCAUUCACUUCCAGCAAUUAUCUCACAAGGACCAUUCUCAGAUGGAAACACUCAUGGAGCAAACAUGAACACACGUUGUGUGCUCUGGGCACAAUGAUGGGUGCUGGGCAUACAGAGUUGACUGCGACUGAGACCUGCCCUCAAAAAGAACGAAGUAGGGCGCCUGGGUGGCUCAGUCGGUUAAGUGUCUGACUUCGGCUCAGGUCACGAUCUCACGGUCCGUGAGUUCGAGCCCCACGUCCGGCUCUGUGCUGACAGCUCAGAGCCUGGAGCCUGCUUC